GGGUCAAUAAUCAAACCCGCUUAACCAUUUGUGAUAUCCCCAUAUUCUCAAAUCUCAAUUCAUUUCACGCUUUGCAUCAAAAAGUCAUUUUUUCUUCUUCUGUUAAUCCGCCAUGAGCGAACCUCGAAAGAACCAGGUUUCAUUGCGAGGAUCAAGUGCGAAGGAGAUUUCGAGGGAUGUGCUUUUGGAAAAAGUUUCACAAGAGAGAGCGUUGAGGAAUUUUACUCGGCGAGCUACAUCUGCUGCGCGGUUAAUCCAGAGAGCUUGGCAUCGUUAUCAUGUUAAAAAACGUAUAGCCCUUGAGUUUCAGCAGCAGUGGGAAUCGUUGAUAAAUAGUCAUCUUUCUCCUCUAAAGAAAUCGUCUAUAUCCAGCCAAGUUCUGAGGCCUUUUAUUUUCUUUACUACAUUCUUGUUGGCGCGAUAUCCAAGAAUUCAACCCAGAGAAAAAGAUUGCAUCAGGAGUUGCUUUGGAGUUAUCCUGGAGAGCAUAAACUCAACAAAUCCCAAUGAAAACUUUUGCUCAAUGGCUACUGGAACCGCGGAAGAGAGAAAAGUUUGGAAUUAUCAGGCAAAGAAGUUGAUUACCAUUUGCUUGUUUAUUUUAACAGAAUAUGAUAAUUCUUGUCACAAGAGUAACGAUGAGCUACUUGCAUCAUUAGCAAUGCGCUUGGCAGUAAUUCUGACUGAUGUGAAAGGUUGGAAAUGCAUCAGCAACACCAAUAUACAGGGUGCAUUAAUGGCUGUUAGGGAUUUAGUUCAGUUCAUGGGAAGUAUUAAAAGUGGACUAUACAAUUCUGUAAGGAGGUAUAUUUGUAAACUUGAGACUCCUAGUUCUGUUCAGGUGACUUUGUCUUCUCAGACAGAUGAGAAGUUACUGAUAACUGCAAGUGCAAUUACUUUAGCAUUACGGCCAUUUCAUGUCGUGAAUCUAGUUGCGGAUGAUACAAAUGACUUGCUAGAAGUUCAGAGUGCUGCGGAGCAAUACUGUAUUUAUCUACUCACAAUACCGUGGUUUGCUCAACGGUUACCAGUAGUGUUGAUUCCUCCUUUGAAACACAAGUCUGUGUUAACACCUUGCUUGAGGAUACUAUUGAUGUCGAAGGAGAAAAUUCUAAAGGAAAUGUCAGAUAUGGAUCAGAUGACAAGUUCUUCUCACAACAGGGUGAUGCCACCAGUUGGUUGGGCUCUUGGAAAUUUUAUAUACCUUGCUGCAGGCAGUGAAAGCAAUAACUUAGAUUCUGGAAAGUUAGUGUCCGGUUUAGACCGUCAAUCCUAUGUCCAUGUAGUGAUUAUGCUGACGGAGAAAUUAUUAUACCAGAUUGAAAGUGCUGGAUGGGUGAGAAAGGAGAACCAAGAAGUUCAAGGUGACGGAAAUUCUGUUGAAGUCGAGACAACUUUUGGAUCCUUAAAGAUGUCGUACAUGAGCCUCUUUAAGCCUGUUUGGCUGCAGAGACAUUUGAUGGAACUUUUAGUGUUGGAGAAAGAUGGUCUCAUUCAGAAAGCUGAAAGUUUACCCUUAUGCGGAGCAGAAUCUUCUGGGAGCUUUGAAUUGCUUGAUGUUGCUUACUACUAUUCAUGGAUGCUCAGAGUAUUUUCUAUUUUGAAUCCGGUGCUAGGGGCAAUGCCAGUCCUCAACAUGCUGUCUUUUACUCCCGGGUUUCUUUCCAACCUGUGGGCAACCCUCGAUGAAUUACUUUUUCAAGGAAAGAAUCUUGUCAGUAAGGGCAAAUAUUUGGAUGAAAGUACAAUUUCUGAAAACAGGAUUCUUGAGGCUUCUGAGAGAAAGCAAAAACAUUCUUCUAAAGAUAUAGGCAGCAAAUGGGCUAGCGUGUUUCUAAAGAUAACUGGGAAAUCACAAACUGAGUUCAGAAGUGUGGAUCCGGUUGAUGGAAAAUCAAAAGCAGUGCACAUUGACAAGCAUUAUUCUGAUAUGUGGGACAUUGAAUUGCUAAGGCAGGGUCCUGAUGGCCUAUCAAAAGAUUUGUCUUGUCUACUACAUCUGUUUUGCGCUAGUUAUUCACACCUGUUGUUAGUUCUUGAUGACCUAGAGUUUUAUGAGAAACAGGUCCCCUUUACAUUGGAGCAGCAGCAGAAAAUUGUGUCGGUGCUGAAUACAUUGGUUUAUAAUACAAUUUCGCACAGUACUGGUCCUAAAAGUAGACCUCUGACAGAUUCUGCUAUCAAAUGUCUUCAUUUAUUGUAUGAAAGGGAUUGCAGGCACCAAUUUUGCCCUCCCACUUUGUGGCUUUCACCAGGUAGAAAUAAUCGGCCACCCAUUGCUGUAGCUGCUAGGACUCAUGAGGUUUUGUCAGCUACUUCAAACGGUGAUGAUGCCUCAACCACUUUGAGCAUGGGCUCCAUCAUUACUGUUAUCCCACACAUCUUCCCAUUUGAAGAAAGGGUUGAGAUGUUUAGAGAAUUCAUCAACAUGGACAAGGCAUCGAGAAAAAUGGCUGGUGAAGUUCUUGGACCUGGUGGACGUUCCGUCGAGAUAGUAAUUCGUCGUGGUCAUAUUAUUGAAGAUGGAUUUCAGCAAUUAAAUAACUUAGGAUCAAGGUUAAAGUCCGGCAUCCACGUCUCUUUCGUGAAUGAGUCUGGUCUUCCAGAGGCUGGCCUGGACUAUGGUGGGCUAUCCAAGGAAUUCUUGACAGAAAUAGCCAAAGCAGCCUUCUCACCUGAGUAUGGGCUAUUCACACAGACCUUGACUUCAGAUAGACAUCUAAUUCCUAAUACAGCUGCAAGAUUUUUGGACAAUGGAAUUCAAAUGAUCGAGUUUCUGGGGAGAAUCGUUGGCAAAGCACUCUAUGAAGGAAUAUUGCUAGAUUAUUCCUUUUCACAUGUUUUUGUCCAAAAGCUGUUGGGCCGCUAUAGCUUUCUUGAUGAAUUGUCUACACUUGAUCCUGAGCUAUACAGGAAUCUUAUGUAUGUUAAGCACUAUGAUGGUGAUGUCAAGGACCUCGCAUUGGAUUUUACAGUUAUGGAGGAGUCAUUGGGCAAACACAUUGUUAUUGAGCUUAAACCUGGUGGCAAGGAUAUUUCUGUAACAAAAGAAAACAUGUUGCAAUAUGUUCAUGCAAUGGCAGAUUUUAAAUUAAAUCGGCAGAUACUUCCUUUCUCAAAUGCAUUUUAUAGAGGACUGACGGACCUUAUAUCCCCUUCCUGGUUAAAGUUGUUUAACGCAAGUGAAUUUAAUCAGUUGCUUUCAGGGGGAAACCAUGAUAUUGACAUUGAUGAUUUAAGGAAGAAUACACGCUAUACUGGAGGUUAUACUGAAGGAAGUCGGACAGUUAAACUCUUCUGGGAGGUAUUUGCAAGUUUUGAACCAAAAGAACGGUGUUUGCUGCUUAAGUUUGUGACUAGUUGUUCGCGAGCUCCUUUGCUUGGGUUCAAAUAUCUGCAGCCAACCUUCACCAUUCACAAGGUUUCUUGUGAUUUGCCACUAUUGGCGACAUUCGGGGGACAGGAUGUUGAUCGGCUCCCUUCAGCUUCUACUUGCUACAACACCCUCAAGCUUCCAACAUACAAACGCCAAAAUACCUUGAGAGCAAAGCUUCUAUAUGCUAUCAAUUCCAAUGCUGGUUUCGAACUUUCAUAACUAUUGCGCAGGUUUUAUGAUCAGAUCAAAGAGAGGUUGGUAGAUGUCGAAGACUACAAGCUUGAUGCCAGGAAGCUUGCUCUUUAACUUUUCAGAUGUCCUGUUUAGCUUCUUGUUGAAAGAGAUAGCAUCUUUGUUCAGUUUUGCAACACACUCGUUGGUUCCUCUGCCGAACAAAGUAACGGCAGCUGGCAAACAACCAGUUGGUGGCAGAGUUGUAACCCCAAUCCUCCUUGCUCCCAGAUCAUAGAGGUUCUGUACAUUGAUCGCUGCUGAUAUUAACAUAUUGAUUGGCUUGUGUAUAAAUGAAUACACAUAAUAUAGUUCUUAGUUUGUGAUAUAUAAAUACAGCUUGACCUUAUUUCUUAGUUUCAGGAUAAGUCUACCUGGUGGUCAAGUGUAUGUCAUCCUUGUACAUCCUGUAACAAUCCUAAGUUUCUGUAAUUUGAUAAGUGCUUAUUAUGAUUCGUGCAUGGGCUUGCUUGCUCUGUUUUUCAAAUAAGAGUUGGAACUUAAAUUUA